AUGGGGAGCGGCAGGCUCUGGUUUACCGCCGCUGCCUUCCUCCUGGACCUCAGCACCAUCGUCUCGCUCUUCCUGGCCGCGAACCGACCGUUCAGCAACCGCCUGGUGGACCUCGUUCUCUUGGGUGGCCGGGUCCUGGGCGGCAGCUUGCUCUCCACAGUUGCCAUCCGCCUGGCCCUGGGACACUGGCCAUGGAGCGCAAGCAACGGCCAUGCCCUCGCAGAGGUCCAGCGGGAGCUCACCCGCGCAAUAUCUGGCGAGAUGGACGGGGCGCGGCAGGCGCCGCUUCUAGCCUCCAGCACCGCCAGUAGCGCCAGCGGCGAUGCGAUGGCGCAGCGCCUGGACGAGGCGGUGAGCUCGAGGCAGCAGGAGCUGAAGAAGCUGGAGCGAGGUCAAGGCUUUAGCAAAGCCGUGACCUUCUUCAUCUACAUCUUCUUCGCCGUGUGUUCGCUGCGGACUGCCAUUGAGGUCGUCAGCCUGCCCACCGCUGACUUCUGGAGCAGCUUUUGGGUCGUCGUCCAGGUCUGUGGCUUGCCGAUCAUGCAGCUAGAGUUCAUUCUCCUCAAAGGUCUGAUCCAAUCAUCCACUGCCGGCGACAGCGUGACGCUCAAAGGAGUCCACGAGCACCCCCUGUACUGGACGGAUGUGGAGGGAAAGGGCUUCGUGAGGUGCUCCCUGUGCAACGAGAAGGUCGGGGAGCUCACGGGUGGCUACCUGACUCUGCAGUGCCGCACCUGCACAGCCAACCGCUAUGGCUUCGGAGGCUUUAACGUCUGCACGGCUUGCUACAGGAAAAACGCCGUGAAAUCCGGCGCAGCCGGGGAGGCGUCAGGAUCUGGCAUCCUAAGAGGCGACAAGGGGCCAAAGUAUGCCCAGCCGAUGACCGUGAUUCAGUACAUGAAGCGACUCUCCGGCCUGGUGCGAAAAAGCACCCUGGCCGUGGUGCUGAUUUGCGUUUGCGGGAGCCAGUUCUUCAGCGCCUACAUCCCCAAGGCACAGGGCGACACGAUCAGCGCGCUGACGAAGCAGAACGAUGCGGAGUUCAACGAGCGCAUCCUUGAGUUCGCUCUGCUGGUGGUCGCCAACGCCAUCAUGUCCUGCUCGAUGAGCAUUGCCAUCCAGAGCCUCCAGACGAGAAUGUCUGCCAACAUGUCGGUGAGACUCUUCGAUUCCCUGUUGAAGCAGGACAUUGCGUUCUACGACAAUGCAAUGACUGGCCAAAUGAAUUCGCGACUGAACAACGACAUGCGGCAGGCACUGUCACCUGUAAGCAUCAUCAUGAAUGCCUUUGUGGCCAACAUUGUGAUGCUCCUCGUCGGCUUUGGCAUCUGCCUCCAAUCUUCUUGGAGGCUCACGGUGCUCGCCUUCACAGUGCUCACGCCAGUGGUGCACAUCUCGGCUGAGUUUAGCCAGUGGGCAUCCAAGCUGAUGAUGUCCCAGUUUACCUACAUGGCGGAUGCGCAAGGCAGCGCGACGCAGGCUCUCACAAAUAUUCGCACAGUCCGAAUGUUUGGUGCACGGACCCUCGAGCUCGAGAAGUACGAAGGGCACAUCCGCAAGUCGAGGGAUGUAGGCCUCCAGUCCGCGUGGGGGCAAGGUGCAGCCGGGCUCCUAUCGGCUCUGGUUCAGCAGGGGGCAUCCUUCAUCAUCCUGUUCUAUGGAGGACACCUUGCCCUCCAACAGGAGUUCGAGGUCGGGGCGAUCAUCACCUUCACCUAUCUGUGGAAUCGGCUCAGUGGUGCCUUCACAUCGCUGAAUGAGAACAUCAACCAGCCGGUGAAGGCUGUGAGUGCCGGGCAGCGAGUGUUCGAGAUCCUGGACCUCCAGCCAGACAUCCCGGAGGACGAAGGCGACCCUUUCCCUGAGGAGUCGAAGCAGGUCGGAAUCCGUUUUGAGAACGUGGAGUACAGUUACCUGUCAAGACCGGACAAGAAGGUCCUGGCCGGAGUGACCCUGGACAUACGGGCUGGCAAGACGACAGCUGUGGUCGGCAAGAGCGGGUGUGGGAAGUCCACCCUCAGCAAGCUGGUUCUGCGCUUCUACGACCCGCAGGGUGGCGCGGUCUACUUGAAUGCCACGGAGUUGCAACGAAUGCACCUUUUGCAGUACCGCAACAAGGUCGGCGUUGUAUCACAGGACACGCAGCUCUUCCGGAUGACGGUCACAGAGAACAUCACAUAUGGGCUCCGAGCGACGGAGUACACCAUGGAGGAUGUGGAGCGGGCAGCAAGGCUGGCCAAUGCCGACGAGUUCAUCCGGGCAUUGCCAGAAGGGUAUAGCACCAUGGUGGGCGAGAGUGGGCAUGACUUGAGCGGCGGCCAGAAGCAGCGGCUCAGCAUCGCCCGAGCUCUUGUGCGCAGGCCGCGCAUCCUCCUCCUGGAUGAGGCCACCUCGGCGCUUGAUGCGGAGAACGAGGCCCUGGUGCAGGCAGCCCUUGACUCGCUGAUGCAUCAGAUGCAGGGGACAUGCACCAUCAUGGUCAUUGCCCACCGGCUCUCGACCAUCAAGGACGCGGACCGCAUCAUCGUCCUGCACGAAGGUCUGGUUGUUGAGCAGGGCACGCAUGAGGAGCUGCUGCAGAUCAAGGAGGGCCGCUACGCCACCAUGAUUGCUCGACAGCUGCAAGGUGCAGGAGCCGAUGGUGCCGCAGAUGGCGAGGAGGAGACGAAGGAAAAGAAGGUGGACGACGCAAUCUCCGAGAUCAUGGCCAUCCUGGACGCGGUGAAGGAGGACAAGCGCAAGGAUGUGCUGAUGGGCAUCAUGAAGAAGGCGAAGGGCGCCGGCAAAGGCUAG